UGCGCGGGGGCCGGUUGUGAGGGGCGGGCCGAGGCGAGUGCUGCGGGGCGACAAUGGACGCGGCGGUUGUGGCGGAGGCGGAGUCUCCGUGAAAGCGCGGGGGCCGGGGCCGGACUAUGUCGGGGGCGCCGCUGGGCCGCGCUCCCUGAAGCAGGGUGCCGGCGCUGGAGCCGGCCGAUUCUCCCGGCCGCCCAUGGGCUCGCUGAGCAGCCGGGUGCUGCGCCGAGGCGGGAGCCGGGCCGUCCAGGAGCGGGGCUCCGAGGCGGGGAGCGCAGCGGGGCCGGGCGGUGGGGGCGCCCCCCGGGGGAGCGCCUGCUUCUGCCGGGGCGGCCGCAAGCGCAAGCGCAGCAGCAGCUCCUUCUGCUACUGCGAGCCCGACUCGGAGGACGAGGACGAGGACGAGGACGAAGACGAGGGAGACCAGCAGGAGCGGCUCCUCAACACCCCCCGCAGGAAAAAAUUAAAAAGCACAUCCAAGUAUAUUUAUCAGACUUUAUUUUUGAACGGGGAAAAUAGUGACAUUAAGAUUUGUGCUCUAGGAGAAGAAUGGAGCUUACACAAAAUAUACCUAUGUCAGUCUGGCUACUUUUCCAGUAUGUUUAGUGGGUCUUGGAAAGAAUCAAGCAUGAACACUAUUGAACUGGAGAUUCCUGACCAAAAUAUUGAUGUAGAAGCACUGCAGGUGGCUUUUGGCUCUUUGUAUCGAGAUGAUGUCUUAAUAAAGCCGAGCCGAGUUAUUGCCAUUUUGGCAGCAGCCUGUAUGCUGCAGCUGGAUGGUUUAAUACAACAGUGUGGUGAGACAAUGAAGGAAACAAUUAAUGUGAAAACUGUAUGUGGCUAUUACACAUCAGCAGGGACCUAUGGAUUAGAUUCUGUAAAGAAAAAGUGCCUUGAAUGGCUUCUAAAUAACUUGAUGACCCAUCAGAGUGUUGAUCUGUUCAAAGAACUCAGCCCACUAAGCUGCAAAAGAACUUUAGGGAUGCUUCAUCCCCGCCCCUCCAUUGCCCAGCUCUGUAUAAGCCUCAUGAAACAGCUGAUCUGUUCUUCUAAUCUAUUUGUAAUGCAAGUGGAAAUGGAUGUAUAUACUGCUCUCAAGAAGUGGAUGUUUCUUCAGUUAGUGCCUUCUUGGAAUGGAUCGUUAAAACAACUUUUAUCUGAAGCAGAUACCUGGUUUUCCAAGCGUAGGAAAGAUUUCGAAGAUAUUGCCUUCCUUGAAAUUGAUCAGGGAAAAGCUUUUAUACCAGUAUUCAGACACUUGAGGUUGCAGUAUAUUAUCAGUGAUUUAGCUUCUGCAAGAAUCAUUGAACGAGAUGCUCUAAUACCUUCAGAAUGGUUGGCCUCUGUUUACAAACAGCAGUGGUUUGCCAUGCUCAGGGCAGAACAAGAUAGUGACACAGGACCUCAGGAAAUUAAUAAAGAGGAACUUGAAGGAAAUAGCAUGAGGUGUGGUAGAAAACUUGCCAAGGAUGGUGAAUACUGCUGGCGGUGGACAGGGUUUAACUUUGGCUUUGACUUACUUGUAACUUACACCAAUCGCUAUAUUAUUUUCAAACGAAACACUCUGAAUCAGCCGUGCAGUGGAUCUGUCAGUUUACAGCCUCGAAGAAAUAUAGCGUUCAGACUCCGUCUGGCCUCUCUUGAUAGUAGCGGGAAAUUGAUUUGUAGUAGAACAACUGGAUACCAAAUACUUACUCUUGAAAAGGAUCAGGAACAAGUGGUGAUGAAUUUGGAUAGCAGACUUCUCAUCUUUCCUUUGUUUAUCUGCUGUAACUUCCUGUAUAUAUCACCAGAAAAAAAAACUGAAAAUGGUGGUCAACUAGAAAAUACAGAAAACUAAGCAGUCUGGUCAAAUGGAACACAGUUGCACUUUGAAAAUGUUGUGUUUCUACUUUAAUGUUAUGGCCCUACUGAUAUAUACAAAUAAGGUGACUAAUAAUGAGAAAGGCCUUAUGAACUGUAGCAGAUGAUACAUAUAAUUUACUUUUUAUCCUCAGUAUAAUUCUAUGCAUAUAUGAAGAAAGUGAAUUUUGAAGCCAAGAAAAUUCCUGCCAAACCCAAUUAUGCUAUGAAAAUGUCAAUUUGUGUUUUCUGUUUAGUGUUAGCAGACAAGAAUUGAAGAUUAAUAGGACAUUCCACAUUUUUCUAUCAAACUAAAUACAUGUAUACUUUUUUGGAUAAAGUUUGACCCUAACCUAAUGUUUGUGAACUUUGGUUACAUAUCUGCAAAUUUUCUAUUGUUUGAAUGAAAAAUAGCUAGGAAGUUAUUCGAGCAUCUGGCUAUAGAUUUGAUGAUGUGUCUUUAAAGUUGCCCUUCAGUUUUAUCACUCAUUCUCUAAUGAUUUUGCUUUCCUCCUCUUAUUCGGUAUCCCUUUAGUUUAUACUUGAUUUGAAUGGUUUCACAUCCCAUAUAUGCUUUGGGGAGUUGAAAGACAAACCUGAGGACUGUAUUUAUAUUUUUCAGCUUAAAAUCAUUUUUUCAUGUUGUUUUGCCUUUUAAUUCGUCUAGGAUUUAAAAUCAUCAGUCUCACUUUCAAAGAAGCUUAUUUUGGGAGGAAAAGGAAUUUUUAUGCAUCUUAUUUUGCUUCAACAAGGCAGUUCCUUUUCCUUCCAUAGUCUCUCUUUAGUAUCCUGUAUAGUCUUAAAUUAUUAUUCAUGUUAUUUGUCUACUAAGUAUUACUUAUUAAGCAUUUUUUUUAUUCUGUGCUCAUCUAUCUAUAUUUUUUUUUAAACAGUUUUUUAAAGGAUCCUAUUUCCUACUUAAGCUCAGGAACUUGUGACCACUGAGUUGAGUGCCUUUGAGUUACACUUUCGAAUACAAAUUUGUUAGUAAAUCCUGAUGGAUUCACAGGAUCCAAAAUAAGAAUUGUUAACUAAGGGUCAUUGUAAAAAUAGAAGACUGUUUUUAGUCAAAAAUAAGAUGUAUACUGUCAAUAAGUGUAUAUGUUGGUUUUCUGUGUUUAUUGGUAUCUUGAAAAAUAUUCUGGUUUAUUUUUGGUUUUUUUUUUUCAGGCAGAGCAAAUACUUUGAUCAAUCUAUAUUUUUAAUAUGUUGAUAAAUUAGCAAACGCUUAUUUGUAUCCUGUGUGAUGUAUAAAUAAGAAAUACCUAUUUAGUAAGAAAUUAAACAAGCUGACACAGUGGAUAAAUCCUUUCAAAGGAAUAAAUUGUUUCACUUAAUGAAACCAGAGUUUUUUUCCCUUCCAGCUAGAAGUAAUUUGAUGAUCCAUCUGGGCAUUCUUCAGGAAAAAACUUAACAUUUGUUAGCCAGUUCUUUGGUAGGUUUAGAAAUUUAUUUUUACCCUUAAAAUAUUCUCUUACUUGGUGUAAAUUUCUUAAGUCAUUUUGAAAGUUCUUUAUUUUUUCAUUGUUUAAUACUUCUCGUUUAAUAAAAUAAAACUAAGAAGUUUCCUAGUUUCAAGCUUGAUCACAGGAUGUCUGAAAAGAGAUUCUGCCUACUCUUCCUAUAACUUUAAUUUAAUUUCCAAGAUUCCUCUGAUUUUGUGCAGUUAAAUCCAGUGAGUUCCCAGCUACUUCCUAAUUUAGUUUAUUGAAUAAUAAGCAAAAAGUACUAAACUUAGGAUGAAAAAAGGUUAGAGGAGGGAAUGAAUUAAGAAUAAGCUUCUUUAACAUUCCAUUUCAUUAUAUGAAUUGUGUAUAGUAUUUAUUUAAUAGAAUAGGUUCCCAGUAAAUUUGUUCUUGAUAUAAAAUUAUAUAUGUAUAUAAUUAGACUAGUUUCUAAUAAGAAUAGAUUCUCUUGAGAGGUUGAGAAUUUAUUCUGAACAUUGACUGUAAAGAUAUGAUUUUGUUUUUAUCACCCCAUACAACUUUGUUUUUUAUAAUAAAGAUUUUUCAAUAAGGUGCUACUAGAGUCAGCAGAAGUGCCAGCCUAUGAAUUGUCAUGAAUGUAUUGAAGUUUGCUACUAUAUAUAUUCUCUCUAUAUAUAUAACUAUAUAUAAAUAUAUAUAACUGUAUAUUCA